UGUACAGCCACUUGAGCUAAGAGAUCUUGGAAAAGCAUGAGCUCACCUACUUAAUCUGACAGCGUGGACCCAGAGGUGGAAGCUCUGAGCAGAGCCACUGUGGCUUCUGCAUCUCAGGAUUCCCUUCAGGGAAGAGGUCCAGGUUUUACCAAGUGAAGCAGAGACAGGAGAGGGAAAGUAUAGAAAAGGGACUGACCUAAGGAUCUAAAAGACAUUUAGCUUAUUUUUGGUACCCCUUUCUUCAGCAGAACCAGCUCUCAUUCUGCAGUUACAGUUUAGUCUCAUAUUACACUUUGGGAGUUAUAAUCACGUGGACUGUGAAGACAGACCCCUAGUGAAUGGUAAAAACCUUCCUACCGAAGUUCAAAUCUCUCUCCUUGGAUUCCUUUUCCAAGAAUGGGAGAUAGAGACUAAGAAUGUGGUGGCGAUGUUUCUUUCUAAGUGGUCCUCUUCUCUUGUCCCCUCAGACUUUCCUGCCCGACCAAAAAGAAUGGCAGCCAAAAAUUCUUCUGUGACAGAGUUUAUCCUCGAAGGCUUAACCGACCAGCUGGGACUCCAGAUCCCCCUCUUCCUCCUGUUUCUGGGUUUCUACACGGUUACCGUGGUGGGGAACCUGGGCUUGAUAACCCUGAUUGGGCUAAACUCUCACCUGCACACUCCCAUGUACUUCUUCCUCUUUAACCUCUCUUUAAUAGAUUUUUGUUUCUCCACUACCAUCACUCCCAAAAUGCUGAUAAAUUUUGUCUCAAGGAAGAACAUCAUUUCCUUCACAGGGUGUAUGACUCAGCUCUUUUUCUUCUGCUUCUUUGUCAUCUCUGAGUCCUUCAUCCUGUCAGCGAUGGCAUAUGACCGCUAUGUGGCCAUCUGUAACCCACUGUUGUACACGACCACCAUGUCUCCCCAGGUGUGUUUAUUCCUUUUGUUGGGUGCCUAUGGGAUGGGGUUUGCUGGGGCCAUGGCCCACACAGGAAGCAUAAUGAACCUGACCUUUUGUGCUGACAACCUUGUCAAUCAUUUCAUGUGUGACAUCCUUCCUCUCCUUCAGCUCUCCUGCAACAGCUCUUACAUGAAUGAGCUGGUGCUCUUUAUUCUUGUGGCUGUUGACAUUGGAUUGCCCAUUGUCAGUGUCUUUAUUUCUUAUGCCCUCAUCCUCUCCAGCAUUCUUCACAUCAGUUCUACAGAAGGCAGGUCCAAAGCUUUUAGUACUUGCAGUUCCCACAUAAUUGUAGUUUUGCUUUUUUUUGGUUCUGGUGCUUUCAUGUAUCUGAAACCCCCUUCCAUCCUGCCCCUUGAGCAAGGAAAAGUGUCCUCCCUGUUCUAUACCAUCAUAGUCCCCAUGUUAAACCCAUUAAUCUAUAGCUUGAGGAACAAGGAUGUCAAAGUUGCCUUGAGGAGAACUUUGGGCAGAAAAAUCUUUUCUUAAAGGAGUAGUAUUGGAGGAAGGAAAUACAAUG